AUGGCGCCUUCCCACAUCCUCGAGAUCCCGCGCCCACGGACGUUCCUCCAGAAAAUGUCCCUGCGCACCGGCGCGGAGAUCAUCACCUACCUCCAGAUCAUCAACAAGGUCUCAGGCGUAUACGGUUUGCUUGCGAUCGUCACCGGCGCAUCCAUCGACGGCUUCCAGCUUUCCAUGUACACAUACUCGACGCUCGCACUGUUCGCCACUUGCUUCCUGUAUAGGCACAUCCGAUUGCAGAGCCCCUUUGAGACCGUGCUGCUUGCGCACCUUUACGCGCUUGACUCCGUCAUCAACGCUCUGUACACAGCCUUCUUCGGCUUUGCUUGGUUCUACACACUCGCCGCUCACCCCGAAGGCGACUCCUCCAUCCCUGGCCAACAAGGCAUCUCUGAUAACUCUGGCUUCACAAGUCCUAAGCACAAUGUUUCAGAGGUCGAAGUCAUUGCGACCCCCACAGGCGGUCUUACAGGUGGACAGAACGCUGUCGCUGGAGGCAUUCCCCAGCAUGGUGCGCCUGGCGUCGGUGUUGGUUUUGGAAACGCUGUUUACCAGAGCAGCAGCAUCAUGAGUAUUUCCCUGAUCUCUGGCUUCUGGGCUAUGCGCGUCUACUUCGUGUUCAUCAUGCUGGCGUUUGCUCGCCAGUGUCUGCGCCAGCACAUUGCCAGUCACGCUGCCUCUGCUGGAUGGUACAGCUCGAACAGCAUGCAGACCACUGCCACCGACCUUGCUGAAAAUCCCUUCUUCGAGGGCAAGGAGCAGGGUGAUGGCUGGAAGGGCAAGCUCGGCCGCGUCAUGCUCAGCGGUGCGCCCAAGUACUGGCUCGGCGCUGAUGGCGAGAACGAGUGGCAGCACUCUGUCGGCGGCAAAUUCAGGAAGAACACACAGCUCGAACAGCCCGUCGGCUUCAGCGAGCGCGAAAGGAGACGCAGGAGCGGUACCGGCCCGCCAGUCCCACAGCUUGCCAAUUUGAACAUCGUGCGAUAG